ACAAAGGAGGUAAAAUUGUAGUAUGUGCAAUGAAAAACAAGUUUCAUUCAAAGGACAAAAAAAGAAAAUAAAGGCAACUUUCUUAAUUCUUAGGGGUCGUUUGGUACGAUGGUUGGAUAUCCCAUGAAGCGGGAAAUCAUAUGGGAUUAAUUAUCCUACCUUUUAUAUGCGAUAACUAAUCGCAUCAUUUUAGUGUAAAAGUUAUCCCCAGGAUUAACUAAUACUCCAAAUCAAAUAUGAGAUAAAAUUAAUCAACUAAUACUCCAAAUCAAAUAUGAGAUAAAAUUAAUCCCAUAUUUUAUCCUGAAAUUAUUAUCUUUAUCCCGAGUACCAAACUAACUCCACGUACAUAUUAGUAUGAGAUAUUUUUAACGGCUUUCCUUUCACUUUGCUGUCCACCAAUAGUACUAAUGGCGCAAAAAUAACAGAGAGCUCAACUUUGAUUCAAUGACAAUGGUAUUAAACUUCCUUCGGGGUGGUCAUUUCUUCAAACAGCUUUCGUGCACUAGAGCUACCAGCCGUUUUUUCAGCGCCCGUCGCGUUCACAGGCUAAUUAUUCCGUUCACUAAAUCCUUUGUUGUGCUGUCCAAAGAAAGAUACCACAUUUCGUCUGUGGCCAAUUAUUCAACGUUAUCAUCGGAGACUAAGGCUAGUGAUUCAUUCACUUCACCUUACCUAUCUGUUAGCAUUUGCUGUCAAAAGGAUGUUGCCGAUAUGCUCUCAGAGGCUCUUUUGUGUUUUGGAGCCAGUUCAACUUCUGUGGAUGAAGAAGAAAGCAGUGAGAGAAGUGAUGAGAUAAUCAUUACUUCCAUCUUUUCGGUAUGCAAAGAUGUGAAAGACUGCAUUUCACGUGCUGCUGAUUCUAUAGGGUUGCAAAAGAUACCUAGUUUUGAAGUUGCAAUGCAUGACCAUACUGAAUGGAUAAAAGCUACACAGGAAUCGUUUCAUCCUGUGGAAGUUUCUGAUGGACUCUGGGUGGUACCUGAAUGGACAACUCCUCCAGAUCUUCAAGCAACAAAUAUUAUUCUAAAUCCUGGUUUGGCAUUUGGAACUGGGGAGCACCCAACAACUAAGUUGUGUCUCCUGCUGCUGCGAGAUUUGAUAAGAGAAGGAGAACUCUUCUUGGACUAUGGAACUGGUUCGGGUGUUCUGGCAAUUGCAGCUCUUAAGUUUGGUGCAGCUUUUUCAGUUGGUUUUGAUAUAGAUCCCCAGGCAAUCACAUCUGCUCGAUAUAAUGCUACUCUAAACAACAUUGGACAUGAGAAAUUGCUUUUAAAUGUUGUUCCUGGCAAAGGAAUUCUUCCGUCUGCAGAUUUUAGUUCAAGUAUGGACAUUGACCAAACUGCCUAUGAUGCCGAAGUUUUAAAUGAGAGGGGAAAAUAUGACAUCGUUGUGGCAAACAUACUGUUGAAUCCUCUGCUUGAGUUGGCAGAUCAGAUUGUGUCCUAUGCAAAGCCUGGUGCAACUGUUGCUCUUUCUGGGAUCAUAUCUGAGCAGACUCCUCGCAUCCUGGAAAGGUAUUCAAAAUACCUAGAGAACAUUACAGUUACAAAGAUGGAUGAUUGGGCUUGCAUAAGUGGCUUAAAGAAAUGACGAAGCAGCAGUUAAAGGAAAACAAGAAGUUGAUUUGUGGAACUUAAGAGAAGUUUUGAUUUGCUGAGGGCACUGAACUUUGCAUGUCAUUAACUUUCUGAGUGCAGUGCAGCAAAUUAAGUGUAUUAUUCAACUCUGUUUAUCUGGAUUGUCUUGAAAAUUGUUGUUAAAAUCCACCUACUUCACUAAUUGCGAAACAAAGUCAUACUUCCUGAAGGUUGUGUGAAGAGAAACUACUUCAAUGUCCUAACUUUAUCGGCUAUUUAGCUUUGUGUAUGGAGUUCUGUAAGAGAUAUUUUGCAGUCUCUAAAAUAUAACUUUAGAAGUUCUGAUGUUGUUUUAGAAGUUUAGACUGAAUACAUGUGGCACAUUCAUGUAAUCAAGUUAUGAAAUGUAAUGUUAACUUCCCUCA